GUUCGUGGAAUACGGAAGAAGUGCUCCGGUAUUUUGUGAAUGCAGCAAAGUUCAAUAGUUUCGGGAAGGCCUGGAAGAAGUGUGCAAUGUUGUGAAUGUGGUCCGAUGAUUUUUUGCUGCUUUGCAUUUCGGGUCUACGACUGAACGGAUGGUUUUCCGUUGCGUUUGUGCGCUGUUUUCUCGAACACAGUCGCGUCGUUCGCCGACGGAUUUUGUGACAGAAUGUUGUGGGUUUGAUCAACAUAGUGUCGUAUUUCGGCGAUUUAAAGGAAGGCCUGUGUGUUGCGCUAUUUUUAGCGCUUGGCGAAGAGGCACGUCAGAUCGUUUGAUGAGUAUGUUUUUGACCGUAUAGUCUGUGGAGCAGGGAACACUAGUGGCUGAAGAAGUAAAUUAGUGGAAUCAAAUAUAGAACGUGUCAUCUGUUCGGUACAAAAAGAAAUAAAGAAAAGGAAGUGUUUUGCGCAAUUCGUUGAUGAACACGCGUGUGCUGAUCACUUCGGCUUCUACUCUGACACAGUUGUCUGUGUUACGACGGGAAAAGUGUAAUUAAGCGAUCAAAGCGCAUAUUUGAGGGUGAUAAGAACGAAGUGAGCUGAAGUGAGCAAGAUGUUGCAGCACCCAGGCAGCGAUUAUUAUGAGCUAUCGGCGGCGAGCAAACAAACGCCCCCAACUUUCAGUCCACAGAACGCGAAUGCAGCGGUCUUAGCGGCAAUGACCGGUGGAACCGCUGGUGACGCUGGUGGAGGCGGUUUGAAUAGUAAUAAUAAUAAUAAUAACAACAACAACAGCAGCAACAAUAACAACAACAAUAAUAAUGAUAACGAUUUGGAUCUAAUGGGUCAGAAUGGUGGCACAAAUAAUGGUGACCGGGAAGCCUUACCCAGCUUCGGAUUCACACAGGGUCAGGUUGCGUGCGUAUGUGAGGCUUUACAGCAAUCGGGUAACAUUGAACGACUCGGUAUGUUCCUGUGGUCACUGCCACACUGUGAUAAGUUGCAGCUGAAUGAAUCUGUGCUCAAAGCGAAGGCCGUCGUUGCAUUCCACCGGGGGAACUUCAAGGAACUGUACCGAUUGCUGGAACAUCAUCAGUAUUCUCCCCACAACCAUGCCAAACUACAAGCACUCUGGCUGAAGGCCCACUACGUGGAAGCGGAGAAGCUUCGUGGUCGACCGCUUGGAGCCGUUGGCAAGUACCGGGUACGACGCAAGUUCCCUCUACCCCGGACGAUAUGGGACGGCGAGGAGACUAGCUACUGCUUCAAGGAAAAAUCAAGAUCGGUUCUACGCGAUUGGUACACCCAUAAUCCUUAUCCCUCGCCGAGAGAGAAGCGGGAGUUGGCCGAGGCUACCGGAUUAACUACCACUCAGGUCUCAAACUGGUUCAAAAACCGACGACAACGAGACCGAGCAGCUGAGCACAAAGACACCGGCGAAUCAGAUAAGCAACAUCUGGACUCGUCGAGCGAUUCGGACAUGGAAGGUCCUAGUUUGAACAUGUCCAGCGGUGGUGGUCAUCAGCAGAGCUUGGGCGGUGGUUCGGCACAAAGUAUGCACCAUAUUUCGGGAAUGGGUGUGACGGGAGGCGGCAUUCCCGGCAGUGGCGGUUCCAUGGUUGGCCAAGCGGGACCCGGAGGGCCAGUAGGCGGUACAACUGGUCCCGGAAGCCUAGGGAGCAUAGGGAUCGACCAUCAACCCCAGCCACUGUCCACCAGGAACAGUAAUCUAAUGAACAUCCCUGCGAACAAUAACAAGACACUGGGACAACUAUCGUCGAGUUCCCUAACGGCGGCGUAUUCGCACCUGUGGGAUCGAUCGAAUGUGAUGGGAUCGAUGCCAAUCUACGAUAUUGGAGAUUAUCAGCAUUUAUGAUUUUAGGCAGGCUAACUUCGGGCGCGUUUUGUAGUUAUGUAGCUGUGAACAAGCUGUUGCACAGAGCUGAUAUGAUUCAGCAAAUGAAUCUAUGGAUGGAAUAAGAAUUCAUUAGGUUCGCGAUACCGAUGUUGAAGGUUCUGCAUUAAAAUGAAAUGCAAUCUAUCAAAAGAUAGCGGUAACCGAAGUUUAAGUUCUAAUCAUUGUGUUUAAUUAGUUCCGAUUUAGACAAUAAUGUACUGAUUUGUAAAAGAUUUGCGAAUGCGAGUGAAACAAAAACUCGGCUGGGAGCAUAGUACACACUGUCCAUGCUUGAUGCCGUGAGCAGGCAAUACAUCUUGAAUUUAUUUCUUUUCGCAACGAAUCACUAGUAGAGCUCUGUCCCCUAAAUAGUUUUUAUUUGUCUCUCGAUUCCCUGAACUAUAUUGAAUAAUUAGAAACAAUCUCUGAAAGGUAGUUAAGGAAUGCAAUGCAAUACUAUAAUCAAAAAUUAAAACAUGGCAC